AUGCGUAUUGUCAUUCUGAGAUUAACGAAACUUUAUAUCCCUAAGCCAUUUUCCAGCAGCGCAACACGUCUUGAUUUGAACAAAGUCCAACUCAUUGGCCGUGUUGGUGCAGAUCCUAGUGUCACCGAUAUUGGUGACGGACGACGUGUUAUCAACUACACUGUGGCAACAUCCGAGACGCGGCCAGAUAAAGAAGGCAAUCUGAUCAAGCGUACACAAUGGCAUCGUAUCUCAUCGUGGCGUGGUGCGGAUUGGAUUCCUGAAAAAGUGAAAAAAGGGGACCUGGUGUAUGUUGAGGGAUCGCUUCGCUACAACGACUUUACAGACAAGGAAGGAGUAAUGCGUACAAAAGCAGAGAUUAAUCAAUCCACCGUCAAAGUGCUCCGCCAAUCUGCUUCACGGGUGGAGGCCGAAGAAGAAUUUUAA